AUGGCCACGCUCUCAGACGACACACUACGCAAGAUCCUGGUGCAGAUCCAGCAGACCGCUGUGCAGUCGCAACGCGCUCUGAAUGUAUCACGGCAGCAGAUCGCCGCGAAGGAGCGAGAGCGGCGGAUUCUGCAGCUGACGAUUGAGGAGAUCACUUCUCUACAAGGCGAUGUGAACCUGUACAAGGGUGUUGGGAAGAUGUUCAUGAUGGUCCCGCGCCCCACAAUGGAGAAGGAGCUCAAGACGGAGGAGAAGGAGCUUGCUGAUGACCUCAACAAUUUGGCGAAGAAGGCGAAAUACCUAGAGAAACAAUUCAACGACGCCCAAGGCCAGCUCCGCGAUAUCUUCCAAAACGCACCGAAACAAUGA